AAUCUACUCACAAAACAUACUUUCAUUUUUAAAGAAAAUUUUUCCUAGGAAACAAACAAUUCACAAAAACUAAAUUUUCAUUUAUUUCUCAUAUUUUGUUUUUCCUCAAGCCACAGGGCCACCCCAAGCCUUAAUAUUUUCUUACAAAAACCCUAACGGUCUCCCCCCUCCUUCAUUCCACUACUGAGGUUUCAACACGCUUCACUCGCCUAGGCUUAGAAUCGACGAAGAUGAGUCGAGGAGGCGUAGCGGGUCCUAAGGGGAAGAAGAAGGGAGCAACGUUCACGAUCGACUGUUCGAAGCCAGUGGAAGACAAGAUCAUGGAGAUUGCUUCCCUGGAGAAGUUCCUGCAGGAGCGAAUCAAGGUCGGCGGCAAGCCAGGUGCGCUUGGGGACUCCAUCACCGUCACCCGUGACAAGACCAAGAUCACUGUGACUUCUGAUAAUAAUUUCUCCAAGCGGUACCUGAAGUACUUGACAAAAAAAUACCUGAAGAAAAACAAUGUACGUGAUUGGCUUCGGGUGAUUGCCUCCAACAAGGAUCGAAACGUUUAUGAGUUGAGGUACUUUAACAUUGCUGAGAAUGAGGGAGAUGAAGAAGAUUGAAAAUCUGUAUCAAUCUAAAAAUGCCUGCAUAGGUUGCAGGGCACUAGUUAUUUUAGAUAUUCAAAUGCUUCCUGUAUCCUUUAUGGCAUUUAAUUUGUCAAAUUUUAAGUCUUUUUGCAAUUUUGUUCACUGGACUAGAGAUUUUGCUUUAUUGCUGGAAUUUGUGUGGGAGAGUUUGAAUCUGGAAUUUCAGAAUGAUGUGUUUUUGAAUC